AUGCGCUUCUCUCUCGCUACCGCCGCCCUCGUCGCGGCCGUUCCCGCUCUUGCCGCCGACGGCCCGCUGGACCAGUACAAGGCCCAGUUCCAAAACUUCCUCGGCAAGUUCACCGGCUACGUGGCCGACUCGCCCGUCGUACAGGAUGGCCCCGUCGCUGCCGCCGAGGCCAAGGUCGGCGAGAUCAAAAUGUCCCACCUGACCCUCGAGAACUGGAAGAACACCCUCUACGCUCCCGUCAAGGCGGGUUCUGAGAUCCCCGAGGAGUGGUGGGUGCUCAUCACUGGUCGCAACAAGACUUGCUUCGGCCAGUGUGAGAAGGUCGAGAAGGUCUUCAACGAAACCGCCGGCCGCUUCGCCAUCACCCCCAAGACACCUCAUAUGGCUAUUCUCAACUGCGAGGACGAGCGCGUCCUCUGCAACUCGUGGUCCGCUGGCGUCGGCGCCAUCUGGGCCUUUCAGAUGCUGCCCGAGCCUGCUCCCAUUGACAUCUACAAGAGACGCCUCAACAUGACGAGCACCACUGUCGACGACCUCGUCACUCUCCACACCAACGGCAAGAAGUCCUUCGAGCUCCUCGACUCGUGGUUCCAUCCCUUCAACGGCAAGAUUGCCGAGCUCGGCCUUUCUGUUCCCGUCGGCUACGUCUUCUGGGCUUUCGGCCUCGUUCCCAACUGGGCUUUCAUGCUCAUUGUCUCCAUGGUCAGCCGCACGAUGAUGGGUAACCGCAUGCAGCCUCCUCAGCAGCGCCGUCCUGGUGCUCCCGACGCCGCUGGUGCCGCUCAAUAA